CUCAGCUUAAACGCUCUCCAGCACAAGUAUAUUAUUCCUUCCUCUCACCAAGAAGAAAAUGAAAAACAAGACAAGUUCCCUUCCGCAAGAAGGAGAGGCACGUCCUUCCAGAUGUCCGGAUAACAGUGCGUUCAAACAACAGAAGCUACCAGCUUGGAAGCCCCAGCUUACCAUUGCGGCUGUGCUGUCCAGCUUUUUUCUCACAGGCGUGUUCUGCCUUUCUGUGGGAGUCUGCCUCAUUAUAUCUGCAAACAGCGUCAGAGAAAUCCAGAUUGAUUAUUCAGAUAAGUGCUCAGAUUGUUCAAAACUUCGUGAAAAUUCCUCUAAUUGGAAUAAGGAAUGCCACUGCUCUGUUAAUUUCAUGCUAAAGGAAGAUAUGUUGGGUGACGUUUUUAUGUACUAUGGCUUGCAAAACUUCUAUCAAAACCACCGUCGAUAUGUGAUAUCAAGAAGUGACGCACAAUUGUUGGGUCGAAAUGUAAAUAUUCAGAAGAGCUACUGCGCACCCUUCACCACCUACCGAAAUGGGACACCCAUGGCUCCCUGCGGUGCUAUUGCCAACAGCAUGUUCAAUGAUACUAUUGAUCUGUUUUACAAUCUUAACUCAUCUGUUAUUCAAGUACCACUGCUGAAGACUGGAAACAGUUGGUGGACAGAUAAAAAUGUGAAAUUUCGCAAUCCAAAAUCAUACAAUCUCUCUUCUGCGUUUGCAGGGACAGCAAGACCUCCUUACUGGCAGAAACCGGUGUAUUUGUUAGAUGAGGAAGAUGAAAGGAACAACGGUUAUGUAAAUGACGACUUCAUUAUCUGGAUGCGAGUGUCAGCCUUUGCUACAUUCAGAAAUCUUUACCGUCGUGUCAGACGGAUAAGGCAGUUUGCAGAUGGCCUCCCAGCAGGGAAUUACACUUUUCAUAUUUCCUAUAACUUCCCUGUUACCAAAUUCAAGGGGAGGAAGCAUGUGAUUCUUUCAACCGUGGUAUGGAGCGGAGGAAGUAACCCAUUCCUGGGAAUUGCCUACGUGGUUUCUGGCACAGCAGCAACCCUGACAGGUUUUGUCAUAACUGUCAUCCACUUAAAGCUCAGAAAAAAGAAAACGUUCUUUCAGAAGUAAUAAGGCUCCCUGGCUUUCUGAACAAAGGCAAAGGUGUGUUGUAAAUGAAGAACGUGCAGUGCAGACCUUUCAUUCUUUCCCCUGAGCUCUGGAUCUGUUUCAGUAACAGGUUUGGGGAAUGUAAGCAAAUUGAGGGGUGGUGCUAUUCCAUCAUCCAAAACCAAAUGUACCUGAGGCUGCAUUCUUAUUUAUGUGUGCUCCUAAAUUUAUUUCCUGGGAAACUUGUAGUGAGACGAGCUUCAAACAACAGAUAACAUAG